AUGCCGAAGAACAAAGGUAAAGGUGGAAAAAAUAGGAAGAAUGGGAAGAACGAAGGCGAGGAUGACGAGAAGAGAGAGUUGGUCCUCAAAGAAGAAGGUCAAGAAUAUGCCCAGGUGAAACAGAUGCUGCGCAAUGGGUGGUGCGAAGCCAUGUGCAUUGACGGGACUAAGCGGCUUUGUCACAUCCGGGGAAAGAUGCAGAAGAAGGUUUGGAUUGCUACCGGAGACAUUGUCCUCGUUGGCCUUCGCGAGUACCAGGACGACAAGGCUGACGUGAUCCACAAGUACAUGGCGGAUGAGGCCAGGAGCUUGCAGAAAUUAGGGCAGUUGCCUGCAGGUAUUGUGAAGGAUGAUCUUGUUUGUUGUGCUUGCCAUGGUUGUCUCGAUUUCGAUGAUGAGGACUUUGAUGGAAUCUAG